AACAGCAAGAAAACCCGACUAAAUUUCAAGGUCGCGUUCCAGUCGGUUGCGACGGUGGUUUAGGAUUUCAAUUGCGAGAGGAUGACGAACCUACACUUUUCUGCAAUUCAGUCCGAUUGGAUCUCCUCGAUCGUCGUCGGUGGUUCACUUCUUCUCGAAGAAGUAGAACGCGUUGAUGGCAACAUCGCGGGGUUGUCGGAUGAAUGGAGAGUCUGAGGCAUAGAUCAGCCUCGUCCUUGGAUUCGGAUUUUUCUUUCAAGGUUUAGGGUUCGAUCGCAUGCGGAUUGAAGAUGAACGAAUGACAGAACCAGGAAAACUUGCAAGGUGAAGUCAUGAAAGAUUUUAUGCGAGGUAGGUGUUGUUGGUGAAGCCGGAGAUGAUUACACAAUCUAAUUGUCCAGUUCACGAAGUAGCUGCUGUUGUUGCUGCUGCUGCUGAGAAUACGUCAUUCUAGAGUGAGUCGAUGUUACGAUGCUUUGCUAGGUUUUAUUUGGUUUUUGGGUGACUACGACUUAGACAUUAACUAUUUGACCAUAUUCAUGAAUUGACCCCGAGGUCUUUUGUCAAUUUAUGCGAAAAUAUUGUCAAUUUUGCCAUUGAGGACAACUUUGGGCUAUCGUUGUAUGGUUCAUGAAGUUAUUUUCAGCCCGAAAUAGAGGAAAGCUGAAUGAAGUUCGGAUUUGUUGUAUAAGCGAAAAUGAAGUCGUUUUGUGAAAAAGAAAGAAGAUUGUUCUUUCCUCUGUUUUUCUUAAACUGUCCUGCUGUCUAGUUAGAAAACAAAACAGAGGAAAAUUAUACUUGAACACAAAACAAAAAUAAAUAAAGGAAGCUUUUCAAUAAGAAAUAAUUUAGAAUUAAAACUAGCCAAAAUUUCAUCCCCCUUGUGGACUUGAAAGUGUGUAUGCAAAGGACGGAUACAUUAUCUUUUUCAAUUGACCUAACCCACAAUUAUAAUUAAUAUUAGUUGGUGUUGCUUAUGAAAAGAACAAAAAUACAAAAUAAUACUAAACGAUCAACGCAUUAAAAGAGUUUUGUCCAACGCAAAUAGUAAAAUCCAUUUGGAGCCUUCGCAAAUGGUAAAAUCCACAAAACAAAACAAAACACACAAAAAGAAAACAACCCCUUAAAUCGUUAUCGAACGGGCCUAAAAUUCCUAAAAAAAAGCACUCAACCAGUAACAUCUCUAUAAAACUAAAUACUAUUCACAGUGUUAGAGUAAGAAGCAAAUAGAGAAUAAUUACAAAAUAAAUAAAAAAUAAAAAAAGAGAGCGUCUUCUUCACCCUUCAGUUCAGCCAUCAUCAUGUUGUUGUUGUUGUUGUUGAUGUUCUUGCAAUAACAGCAAAGGGAUACUAACAGUAUUCACCAAACAAUGUCUUGGCUCCUCGGCUCUCUCCAACCAGACGAUCCACAUGAUGAAGCCAAGCAACCACAGAGUCCUUCCAGUUCCCGCGUACCAAACGACUUGUCGUUUCUCGGCCAAACCCUCGGUCGCCAACUCCGCGGCGUCGCCAGCUUCCUCGUUCCACCACCACCCUCAUCAUCACCGUCCCACGACGCCGUUCCCUCCUCCAAUUCUCAACCGCAGCCGCCGUCGCAAUCGCAAUCGCAAUCGCAAGCGCUUUUAGGAAUCCGAAACGAUCUGGUGGAGAUCAGCGGCAGCUUCAAGAGCGGUCUCUCGCUUCUCUCUACAAAUAGUAACAAAGCCGUCACUGAGAUCUCCAAGUUCGCUUCGAACUUGUUGCAGCUUCAGAACGAAGCUCUGGAAGACGAUGAUGAUGAUGAUGAUGAUGAUGACUGUUCCGUGCCGGGGAUUACCGACGACGUUAUCGGUUUCGUCACCGAAAUUUCGGUGCUGCCAAACUAUUGGACCGACUUUCCUAUACCAGUCGAUCAUGAUUUCAGCAUGUCUGAUGCUCAGAGAGAACAUGCCUCCACUGUUGAACGAUUGGUUCCAGGCUUUGCAGACCUAAGAACCAGACUUGGCAGUUCCAUGAGCGAGAAACGAUUUUGGAUGAUCUAUUUCUUGCUGUUGCUUCCGAGACUAAAUGAACACGAUUUUCAGCUUCUAUCAACCCCCAAGAUUGUUGACGCAAGAGAUGUGCUUCUGCACAAGCUUCAAAACAAGAGGAACACACAGGCGGAUAGCUGUGAGAAGUCAAUUCUUGAUUCACCUAAAAAGGACAUCCAGGUUGGAAAGGCACAAGGGGUGGAAAUCUCAUCUCAAGAAAAUGAAGCUUUGACUGAGAUAGUUAAUACAGCAGGAAGGUUAAAGAUCGAUGACGAAGAGAGCACUGAGCAGUGGUCUGAAGAGGCAAGUAUUAGUUCUGGCACUUUCGUGGAUGGCCAAAGGAAACAUGAAACUGAAGAGGAUAUCUCAUUCAGCGAUUUAGAGGACGAUGAAAAUGACCUUUCUAGUUCCACUAGACUAUCAGGCCUAAGGCGAGGACGAGACGUCAGGGCAUGUUCACCCAAUGGAUCAAAUGACUGGGUUCAGCUGAAUAGAAGUUCUGAGAUUGAGGGUGGCCAGCGAAAGGCUGGUCAGUCAAAAGAGAGAGAUUCAGAAGGUGAGGAUUCAAAUGACUGGCUUACUGUAGAUGGGUUUGAUUAGGCAAUACUAGCAGCAGCUUGUUUGCCAACUUAUUGUAAAGUUUCUGUUUCUUUUUCUUUUUCCGCUUUUUGGGUUGGGUGGGCUGGAUUCUGUACUUAUGGGUAUCAACAUCUUAUACAAGCUGUUUAAAUUAAUAAUACAAUGGAGUUCAUUUCAAA